CUGUUUAGGAAGAAUGCUAGCAAAAUUGUCGCCCUUUUCACUGAUGGCUUAUCGAUAGAUGAUCCAGUGAAACCUUCUGAGCAUCUACGACUUCAAAGAGGAGUAAAAAUAUAUGUGGUAAGCGUGAAUGCCGAUGGAUUUGUGCCGGAAAUGCAACGUAUCGCCGGUGAAAGCGCGAACGUUUACGGCCCGGAUGACUUGCAACUGUUGAAGGACCGUUUGCUAAAGGACGUUGAAGAUGCCAGAGUCUGUGAAAGCGACAGAACGAGUACUCGAUCGUCAGCUGGUCUCACUGAGAUUUCCAGUUCAACCAAGGCAAUUCCCAUUGAAAUUGUCAACGAGGUUCUCAGCAUCGGCGACGAACCAUCAUUUUUCCCACCACUUACAACUGUUCCACAAAAACUGCACGAUAACGAGUAUAAACCCGUCCGAAAACCCAACGUUCCCUUUAAAAAGAGAGUUACACUCCAUUCUGCCGAAGCCACAACACCAUCCGUCACAGCAACUGAAAUUUUCGAACGAGUUUUGAAAAGUGUCAACGAA